AUGGCGCGUGGCGACGAUUACGACGACGAGGUAGAGGAGGAUGACGAGGAAUACGAGGAGGAGGAGGAGGAAGAGGAGGACUACGAGGAGGAACGCGGGAAGAAGCGAGGGCGCGGAUCGCAGUUCAUCGACGACGCGGCGGAGGAGGAUGAGGACGAGGACGAGGAGGACGAAGCGCCGAGGAAAAAGAAGGGCUCGACGACCGGCCGGUCGAUGUUCAUUGAAGAGGAAGCGGCGGUGGCGAGUGAUGACGAGGAGGAGGAGGAGGAAGAGGAGGACGGCUUCAUCGACCGGGACGCGGAUCUGGGGGAGGAGCUGGGCAACGAGCGCCCGUCGGCGCACCACCGCACGCUGCUGCGGCGCAACGAGGAGGAGGAGGAGGUGAACGAGGAGGACUACCAGCGGUUCCUGGAGGAGCGGUAUGCGCGCAACGAGGUGCCUGAGCUGGGCGAGGGGGAGGCCACGGAGGUCGAGCAGCAGGCGCUGCUGCCGUCCGUGCGCGACCCCAAGCUCUGGAUGGUCAAGUGCGAGCUGGGCCACGAGCGCGAAGCAGUGGUGUCACUGAUGCAGAAGUGCGUGAACCUGGAGGCACUGGGGCAGAAUCUGCAGAUCAAAUCCGCGAUAGCCCUGGACAACCUCAAGGGGUGCGUGUACGUGGAGGCGUACAAGGAGGCCUACGUCAAGGAGGCAUGUGCGGGGCUGCGGCUGCUGAGGGCGUGGAAGCCGGCGCUGGUGCCGAUAAAGGAGAUGGCGGGCGUGCUGACAGUGGAGCAGAAGUCGGUUGAUUUGGAGGAGAACAGCUGGGUGCGCGUCAAGAUCGGGCUGUACAAGGGCGACCUGGCGCUGGUGACUGACGUGGACACAGUGAAGCAGAGGGCCACCAUCAAGCUCAUCCCUCGUAUCGACCUCCAGGCCCUGGCGCAGCGGCAGGACAACAAGCCUGUGGUGAAGCGCAAGGCCCGCCCCGCUCCGCGGUUCUUCAGUGUCGAUGAGGCCAAGAACUAUGGCCUGCGUCCCAUGGUGACCCGCCAUCGCACCACAGGAGAGCACAUCCAGUCCAUUGAAGGCAUGCAAUUCGUCGACGGCUAUCUCCUCAAAGUGGUCUCCAUUAAAUCCCUCGACACCCGCGGGGUUGUCCCAACUCUAGACGAGCUCCAGCGCUUUCAGCGUGCUGCAGGGGACGGGGAGCGGGGGGAGUAUGGCGGGGGCGGAGGGGGGCUGGGGAGUGGGGUGGGGCCGAUGGGGCUGUCUGCUGAGCAGGCGAAUCGGCAGAGGGGGCGGCUGGUGAAGGGGGAUGUGGUUGAAGUGGUGGAGGGCGAUUUGAAGGGGUUGAAAGGGCGCGUGGAGAAGGUGGAUGAUGAUGAGGUUAUCAUUCGGCCACACCAUGACGAGCUCAAGGAUCUGCUGCCGGUGAAGGAGUCGCAGCUGCGUAAGUUCUUCCAGACGGGGGACCACGUGAAGGUGGUGGCAGGGCAGAACGACGGGGUGACGGGUAUGAUUGUGAAGGUGGAGGGACACAUCGCCAUCGUGCUGUCAGACACAUCGAGGGAGCAUGUACGGGUGUUCACCCGCGAUCUCAUGUCAAGCUCAGAGGUGACAGCAGGCCCCUCUCAGAUUGGCGACUACGAGCUGCACGACCUGGUGCUACUCGACCAAACCACGGCAGGCGUGAUUGUGAAGGUCGAGAAAACCGGCUGCGUGGUCCUCAAGGCCACACCUGAGCGCAGCGAGACAGUGGCAGUGAAGCUGAGGGAGAUCCGGCGCAAGAUGAACAACCGGCACGUGUCGGCGCACGAUGCGGAGGGCCUGCCGGUGGUGGCAAAGGACCCGGUGCGCGUGGUGGAGGGGACUUACAGGGACAGGCGAGGCACGGUUGAGCACAUUCACCGCGGGGUGCUGUUUGUGUUCGACCGGCAUCACGUGGAGAAUGGCGGGUUCUUCUGCGUCCGCGCGCGGUCCGUGCGAUGCCUCACUGCAAAAGCUGCUGCUGCCACCGGGCGCAACUCGGCAGGUGGCGGCGGCGGAGGAGGAGCCAUGGCACCAUUCGAUCGGCGGUUCGGUGGAGUUAUGCAGUCGCCCUCGCGCUUCCUGCAAUCACCGAGGAACUUCCCUGGCAGCCCCAGCAGACAAGGCGGCGGCAGAGGAGGCGGGCCUCCUCCUGGCGCGUAUGGGGGAGGGCGGAUGGGGAACAGACGGGAAAGUGGCAUGGUGGGACGUAUUGUGAAAAUCCGAGCAGGGCCUUAUAAGGGGUACAGAGGCCGGGUGCUCGAUGCCACUGACACCACGGCGCGGAUCGAGCUCGAGUCGCAAAUGAAAGUCGUCACAGUGCGGAGGGAUCAAUUACCUGAUGGAGCUCCAGCAGCCGGACAGCAGCAGCAAUCUCCCGCACCAUACAGGGAGUCCCCGCGCUUCAGAGGAUCGCUGGGCAGCGAGACGCCAGUCCAUCCCUCACGCACGCCCAUGCAUCCAGGCUUUGGCGGCCGGGGCUUCGACCCCUCUGCCACACCAGUGCACGAGGGCAUGCGCACUCCCAUGCGAGACAGGGCUUGGAACCCCCAUGUUCCCACCACUCCCCUCAGGCCGGACUCAUUCGACGAAGCGAAUCCGUCCACAUGGGGUUCAUCAGGCAGCGAUGCUCCGUUCCUGCCCUACACUCCCGCCUUCUCACCCGCCGACAUUGCCGCCUCGCCUCCGCUCCCUGUUCACGAUCCCGGCACGCCAGGCGAUCUGCGCUCGGCCUUCGACAUUCCCACUCCUGGCAGCCAAGCCGGCCCCAACUACAACCCCUCCACCCCUUAUGGCGAGGCACCAAGCCCGUACGCAGCGCAGACGCCCACGGGCCAGCCUCUCACGCCCUCUGCUGCCUACAUUCCCGCCACCCCUGCUGACUCUUCCCUGCCCAUGACCCCUGCUGACCCCAACUCGCCCGCCAUUGGCAUGGGAGGGGGGUUCAGCAACGGAGGAGAGGGGGGGUCGCUGGGGCUGCCUGGAGUGCUGGUGAUGGUGCGACGACAGGGGGGGCCUGGAAUGACCACAGUGGUGAUUCGAGAAGUGCUGCCGGACGGUUCAUGCCGUGUUGGAGCAAGCAACGCGUCAGAGUCAGAGCUCUUUAUAAAACGACUGCUCCCCGUUUCCCCUUCGCGCCUCCCCGUUUCCCCUUCCCGCCUCCCCAAUUCCCCUUCCCGCCGCCCCAUUUCCUCUUCCCGCUCCCCAUUACCCCUUCGCGCCUCCCCAUUUCCCCUUCCCGCUCCCCAUUACCCCUUCCCGCCUCCCCAAUUCCCCUUCCCGCCACCCCAUUUCCUCUUCCCGCUCCCCAUUACCCCUUCCCGCCUCCCCGUUUCCCCUUCCCGCCUCCCCGUUAUCCCUUCCCGCCUCCCCGUUUUCCCUUCCCGCUCCCCAUUACCCCUUCGCGCCUCCCCGUUUCCCCUUCCCGCCUCCCCAAUUCCCGUUCCCGCCACCCCAUUUCCUCUUCCCGCUCCCCAUUACCCCUUCCCGCCUCCCCGUUUCCCCUACCCGCCUCCCCGUUACCCCUUCCCGCCUCCCCGUUUUCCCUUCCCGCUCCCCAUUACCCCUUCGCGCCUCCCCGUUUCCCCUUCCCGCCUCCCCAAUUCCCCUUCCCGCCACCCCAUUUCCUCUUCCCGCUCCCCAUUACCCCUUCCCGCCUCCCCAUUACCCCUUCGCGCCUCCCCGUUUCCCUUCCCGCCUCCCCAAUUCCCCUUCCCGCCACCCCAUUUCCUCUUCCCGCUCCCCAUUACCCCUUCCCGCUCCCCAUUACCCCUUCCCGCCUCCCCGUUUCCCCUUCCCGCUCCCCAUUACCCCUUCGCGCCUCCCCGUUUCCCCUUCCCGCCUCCCCAAUUCCCCUUCCCGCCACCCCAUUUCCUCUUCCCGCUCCCCAUUACCCCUUCUCGCCUCCCCAUUACCCCUUCCCGCCUCCCCGUUUCCCUUUCCCGCCUACCGAUCCUCUCUUCCUACCAGCCCAUCUCCCUCACAUUAUCUGCACUCUCCUCUCUCCUACCCUCUUAUCACCUUCCGUGCUUUUUGUACCAUGUCCUGAACCCCGCCAUCCAGUUGCGUGUCCUUGAAGCUAUCGCCACUCCGUUGCUGCAAGUGCUGCUGAGGCCGAGUGCUCGAAGUUUGUGCGAGCAAAGGCCAGCACUGGGAGGGACCUUGCCUCUUAGCUCCUCGCUUCCUGCACUUCGUUAUCUGCGCGUGCUCCUCCCACCUCCCCGGGCGGGCUCUUCUAGCCGACCCGCCACCCUAUCUCUCCCCUUCCCUCUCCCUGCCUAUGCACCUCCUAUCCCUGCCUAUGCACCUCCUAUCCCUGCCUAUGCAUCUCCUUUCCCUACCUAUGCAUCUCCUUUCCCUACCUAUGCAUCUCUCGUCCUUGCCUUCACAUCACCCCUCCAUGCCCUCGCAACCAUCUCUCCCGCCUCCCCUACCUGCCUUCAAAACCCUUCUUUCACCUGCCAUAACUUUUCAUCCACUCCCAUCCCCUUCAAGCCCCUCCCAUCCCAUCCCCUUCCAGUCCCUCCCAUCCCAUUUCAAACCCUUCCAUUCCCCUUCCAGUCCCUCCCAUCCCAUUUCAAACCCUUCCAUUCCCCUUCCAGUCCCUCCCAUCCCAUUUCAAACCCUUCCAUUCCCCUUCCAGUCCCUCCCAUCCCAUUUCAAACCCUUCCAUUCCCCUUCCAGUCCCUCCCAUCCCAUUUCAAACCCUUUCAUUCCCCUUCCAGCCCCUCCCAUCCCAUCCCCUUACAGCCCCUCCCAUCCCCUUCCAGCCCCUCCCAUCCUUUGCAGGUGACGAGGAUAGGGUUGAAAAUGAUGAGGAUGAAUGUGACAUUGAGGGGUGCGAAAGAGAACGGGAAUUGCCCAUCGAGAUAG